AUGGCGGCGGACGGGCGCGGGCCGCUGCGCGUGGGCUUCGUGGGCGCGGGCCGCAUGGCGGAGGCCAUCGCGCACGGCCUCGUCCGAGCAGGCAAGGUGGAGGCUCAGCGGGUGCUGGCCAGCGCGCCCUCGGACCGGAACCUCUGCCGUUUCCGGGCCCUGGGCUGUCAGACCACCCACUCCAACCAGGAGGUGCUGCGCAGCUGCACGCUGGUCUUCCUGGCCACCAAGCCCCACGUCCUGCCGUCCGUCCUGGUGGAGGUGGCCCCCGUGGUCACCGACAAGCAUGUCUUGGUGUCUGUGGCUGCCGGGGUCUCUCUGAGCACCCUGGAGGAGCCUCUCUCUGAACAGCUGCUGCCCCCCACUGCGCGGGUCAUCCGGGUUUCGCCCAACCUGCCCUGCGUGGUGCAGGAGGGGGCUGUGGUGAUGGCACGGGGCCGCAACGUGGGGAGCAGCGAGGCCGAGCUUUUGCGGACCCUGCUGGAGGCUUGUGGGCAGUGCGAGGAGGUGCCUGAGGCCCAGGUGGAUGUCCACACUGGCCUCAGCGGCAGCGGCGUGGCCUUCGUGUGUGCCUUCUCGGAGGCCCUGGCUGAGGGCGCCAUCAAGAUGGGCAUGCCCAGUGGCCUGGCACACCGCAUCGCGGCCCAGACGCUGCUGGGCACAGCCAAGAUGCUGCUGCAGAGUGGACAGCACCCGGCCCAGCUGCGCACCGACGUGUGCACCCCGGUGGCACCACCAUUCACGGGCUGCAUGCCCUGGAGCGCGGCGGCCUGCGGGCAGCCACCAUGAGCGCCGUGGAGGCGGCCACCUACCGCGCCAGGGAGCUGAGCGGAAAGUAG